AUGUCUGCACCAGUUGGCCCUAUCAUGCAACAGCUCGCUACCCUGCCAGCUCGCUCCAGGCAGGGUCUGAGCAACUUACGACAGAGACUCUUCCAGCAGGGAGAGAAGCCAAAGAAGGAAGGCCAGUUCCUUCGCACCUCGCUGAAUGUCCAUCGUCCAGUUUGGAUCACUGCUAGUGGAGGUGUAUACACCAGUCUGGCAGCUGUCUACCUAGCCACACGCUACCUCAAACGAGUCAGGUAG